AUGAGUAACGAUAACAGCGGUAACGAUAUUAAAGCCAAAACUACAGGCUCGCCAAUGGAUUGGAAACUUAACUUUCUGGCUCGCUAUAUUCGGAAUGAAGGUGAUUCUAUGGCCAAUGGAUCCAAGUCUUUAAUAAACGAAAUUAAAGGCCCCCGAAUGAUGAUGGCUAGAGCCGCUCCGCAGCAGACUGUGGUCUCACCAGUGGAAGAGCCAAGCAGAAGAAGUUCAAUCGACUCUAUGACUUCGAAUGACAGUCGCUGGAGCGAAAGCAGACGAAGUUCUGUUGUAAACACCCAUGAAAUAUCUCGUCGUCCAAGCAUCGGUAGCAAAAAAAUGGGAGACUUCGACGAGAAGUUAGUAUUUUACUAA